AACAGCAACGACGACGGCAAGGAAAGACAGUGGAAAUCAGUUCAGCUCAACGGUGACAUUAAGGACAAUCAACUGAUCAAUUAGAUGCUUUAUUGUGGCGAAGAACAGCUCAACUCCUAACACCCGAGCACCAAAAGAAAACGAUCGCGAGGAGAACUUUCGACCUCACCAUUUAUAGCGUGAAACAAUCAAAAGAAGAAAACAAAAAAGGGAGCUUAAGGUUCCAUAAGAAUAUUAGUGCUGUGACACGAUUUCUGAAUAGCUCGUGGGAAGAAGCUAUUUUGAAGGUGAAAUUUAUGUGCAUCAUACUGUAGGUAGUUUGUGUUCAACGAAAAAUAGAGUUGGUGUUUAUAGUAAAAUGCAGUGGCAGAUCCCUAUCGAAAAUAUGUGCCGUUAAUGUGAAUUAAAUGUCUUAUACAAUUGCAACCACAGUCUGAUCUCGAUUUGAGACAUCUUUUUAAGAAAAAAUAUCCGAAGAGCUCAAACAAGUGUGCAGUAAUUGAAGUGUGCAGUGCAGUGUAAUCGUGUGUGGCCAAUCGGAAUUUCAUAGCCUUUGGAGAAAAACUCCAAGAAGAAUCCAAUUGUACACCCCUGCUGAAGUAGGAAAAUUGUGAUAUGGAGAUCAUCUCAAUUAGAAGCCGUCGGUUUUUGAUUUUUAGUUUUGUUUAUUUCUGUUCCAAGAGCGCUGCUCCCUUCGACGGCCCGAAAAAUGCUCGCUAUGCGUCGCGAAAGUGAUCAAAUCUACAACGGUAGUACCAGUGCGAUUAACCACCAUAGCAGCAACAGCAGCUACAGCCAACACUUGAUUCCGUCCCACGCCGUCGGGAGUGCCAACGGUCAUCCCACCAACAGUGCCCUUUCGGCUCAUUUGAACAACAACAACAACAGUCACAACACCAGUAGUGGUAGUGUUUCCAACGUAAAUGCCAGUAGUGCCGGGCUAAACAGUGAAUCAGUCGCGAGUGCUAUCGGAACUAACAGUCCGUCAGUAUCGACGACGCCAUAUCAUCAUCAUCAUCAUUCUCACCUCUAUCACCAGCAACAACAGCAGAAUCAUCAAACUGCUCAGCACCAUCAUCAUCAUAACCCUGGUGGUGUGAGUCACUGCUUAAGCGGCCUUGGAGGCCUGGGCGGAGGAACCUCAUCCGCCGCCUACGGAAGCUACACAAGUUACGGAGCGGGAAUAAACAACCGCUCCAACCCCGGUGCCAGCCUCGACGAGUACGUCGACAUCCUCCAGGUCCAGCAGCUAUUGCUGGAGAAUUCAUCUAAUUCGACGGCAUCGGCCACCCCGGCCAGCACGUCUUCCACCAUUAGCAACAACCACAGCACCAGCGGUUCUUCCUGCACCACCACCUCCACCCCAUCCACAUCCACAUCGGCCAUCAUCGGUGGUAGCUCCACUUCCACCACCCACUCCUCCUCAUUCAACCCCACCACAACUUCCCUGUUCAACGGAUCAUCCAAAAACCGACCGAAAGUAAACCUGCAGAAAGCUUCCGAGUACUCAGCGGUAGCGAAUCAGCUCCAAGGCGAAUCACCGUCCAAGCGACUGCUUUUCGAUUAUCCGAGUCCAUAUUUGUAUGGUAAUUAUCAUCCGUCGCCGAGUGACGAUCUGGUCGCUUUAUGGUUUGGAAGUAACGGAACAGGUGGCGUUGCCCCUGGACCACCAGCAGCUGCCAUGAUCAUGGAAGGGCUUGAAACCUUGGUUGCACCACCGCAUCACACAUUCCUCCUGACCGAAUCAGCGGCUGCAGCGCACUUUAACGUGCUCAGCUUCGACACCUGCGGCCUGUUCAAGACAGCCGCCACGACGACAUCGUUGGGCCUCAACAACAACAACUCGACGACGCUCAAUAACAAUCACCAUCACCUGUACCACCCAUAUCACCACCAGAGCCACACAGCGGCCACUCAUCACUCGCAGACGACCACUCAUCACCACAGUCACAGUCACCACCAAACGACGGCUCAAACUUCCACCACCUCCAGCUCCACAUCUACACCCUCCUCCUCCAUCACCACCCAGACAACAUCCACCUCAACGUCCUCCACCAAUCCCAGUAAUUCCCACCACCCACACUUGAGCCUCCUGAGCACAACCUCGACCACCGGUCAUCACUCCUCGGACUCGAACCUGCACCAGUCCUCCGAAGACCAGUCCCAGUCGCAGGGUGACGCUCAAACCGGCGAUCUCAACACACCCGUCACAACCUCCGGGGACAUCCCGUCCUUCUUCGGACCGUCGACCGUCGUAGAGCCACCACCCAUCACAGGAUCCAUCGAGUCGGACGAUCUCUCGCUGGAACCCCAACCUGUAUCCAGUCCGUGCGCAAGCCUGUGCAGUCCGACGAAACAGGAACGCAGCACCCCCCAAUCGGUGGUCAUCGAGGAAGAGGCUAGCAAUACCAGCAGCAACGCAAUGUACCCUUCACAUCACCCCGCAGGGGCGCAUUCUUCGUCACAUCACAGCAACAGCGUCAGCCAAGAGAUGCAUCACGAUCACUCCAUGGAGCACGAAGACACCAAGAUCUCCUAUCGGGGUAUCUUCACCACUACGGCCGGUCCCGGUAUGGGACUGCAGACAGCAACCGGUUCGCAGCUCUCGAUCAUGUCCGGUCAGAUGUCUCCGACGUCUGGCCUCAGUGGUUGGGGUCUACCCAGCCCGGACAAGAGCCUAUUUCAGCCACCGAUGUUCGGCCUGCUCGGUCCUGGACCUCAAAGCUCAGCUCAAGCUCACUUUGCUGUAGCUCAACAGUCCGCUGCUCAAACCCCGUCUCCGGCGGGACAUCAUCAGCACCCCUCCCAUCACUAUAGCACAGACGAACGAACUCAUCAGCAGGUAGAACUACUUGGUCUGAACAUGGACUGUCCCAGUAUCAUCCUUAAGCAACCACCCAGCUAUGCCAGUUGCGUACCUUCGCUGGACAUGCAAGCUCAACAACAACAAGCCCAAGAAAUGCAUCAGUACUCUCGCAGCCAAGCCUUGGGCAUGGGUCAAACCCCUAAAUAUCAAUGGCUAGACUCACCCGUCGAGUACGGCAGUCCCCAGCACAAUGUAGUCAUCCCCGGUCCUUCAUCGACCUCCUCAACCGGCAUUAUUCCCAAGCAGGAACCAUUCAGCUCAUCCCAGUGCCCGGACGUCAGCCAGCUUAGCCAGUUGACGCCACAGCAGCAGGCUCAAUACGCAGUUCAGCUUGCCGAGUACAAUCCAUCCACAAGCAAAGGCCACGAGAUACUCAAUCAGGUGUACCAGCAGUGCCCGAUGCCAUUGAAGCUAGUCCCAGUGAAACCGCGAAAGUACCCCAACCGCCCGAGCAAGACUCCCGUUCAUGAGCGGCCGUACGCCUGCCCGGUGGAAAACUGCGAUCGGAGAUUCUCGCGAUCGGACGAACUCACCAGACAUAUCAGAAUCCACACCGGACAGAAACCGUUCCAGUGCCGGAUUUGCAUGCGAUCCUUCAGCCGAUCAGACCACCUAACCACCCACAUUCGGACGCAUACCGGUGAGAAACCGUUCUCCUGCGAUAUCUGCGGCCGCAAAUUUGCCCGGUCGGACGAGAAAAAACGCCACGCCAAGGUUCACCUGAAGCAGCGGAUAAAGAAGGAGAAGAACAGCCACGGCACCAGCAGUAGCAACAGUGCAAACAACAACAACAACAACAACAGUAGCAGUAGUCAUCACCUUAAUCAGCAACAGCAACAGCAGCAGCAACAACAACAACAACAUCAUCACCUAUCGGCUGCCCAGCAGCAACACCACCACCAUCAUCACCCGGCCAGUCUUCACUCACACCACCUCCUCCAUGACGACAUUAGCGGUAUUCCGAUUGUGUCCUCCUCCAGUGCGGCCAGCUUGUAGACCGAA